UUUCAGCAAUGUUCCUACUCGAUUUUUUAUUUCUCGUCUCCUGGAUUCUUCUUCUACUCGGCAUAUUCAUUUUAACUCGGGAAGCCGUAUUCCAAUGGCAUAAAUCUGAAAAUUUAUCAAUUUUUGGAGCAUUUCUAGUUACCAUGAUAAUAUUUAUCGAAGCAAUUCUGAUGUUGGAGGAGCAUAAAUGGAAAGAUGACACCUUAUCUAAUCAGCUGCUCCGGUGGAUGUUUGGCAAGGCAGAAAGUACACAUUGGAAAUGGCAUGUGAAUCCAGUUACAGUACCUUUUAGUCUACUUGGACGGAUUAUAAUAUUGUGUGCUUCAGUAUUCGGUGAAUCGUGUGGAAAACUAAUUGGCCGCUUCAUCGCAGAGCUUCCACUUGCCACGUCACUAGUGAUGGUUCCAUUCUCAUUUUUGUGCAUUUUCCUUGGAAUCUUUUGUAUUUUUGGAUAUCAAUUUAAUAUUGGUUAUGGAUUUCUGAAAGUUGAACGCAAUAAUCGUCUGAAAUCGAUUUUCAAACCAUCGGAUACGGCGGGAAAUUCGUCAAAAAAAUUGGAGAAAUGCAUUUCAAAAAUUGAUUUUUGCGUGAAGAAAGUUAAUGAAGGAUAUCAGAAAACAAUUGAGAAGCUGAAAAAUUGAAAUUCGAUUUUUUAAAGAAUAUUUUAUGGGUUUUGUAAAUAAAUAAACGGUUCUAAUUUCAA